CCACUCCACCAACUAUCUCCACCACCUUUUGCUUUCUUCCACUACAUUUUUUUCUCACCACCCUUUCCACUCCACUAAUUCCACUACACCAAACUUUCCACCUACUCCCUUCCCCACCACACGCAAGAAUGCAUCUAACAUUCCAUUAUACAGGCAACAAUCUUUUCAUCAUCUUCAUUCUUCACUAAGGAACCGAAGAGCAGCCACGAGUUCUGCCAUAAGCACACUGCUCCGGCAGUGUUUUGCAAGGCGAUUCCAGCCAUCCAAAAGGUUCCCAAAAAUUCCCAAAUUAAUUGUGUAUCAUCUUUCAUAUGUUUUCUAUACUUUGGCAAAAUUUCAGAAGGUCCGGGCGACAGAAAGUGAAGCCGAAGAAGAAACGACUCCACGCCAGCUUUAAGAACAAUUGAGAAUGCCGCCUAAGAGAGGACGCCCUGUGAGAAACAAUAACAAUCGCAGAAACCGUAACGCUGUACCCGAAGAACCACAAGAUGCUCGAGGACAUAACCCAUCCCCUCCGCCUCCGACUAGGAGAGUCGAAGAACUUUUUUUAAGGCAAAAUCCACCUACGUUUGACGGAACGAGUGAACCGGCUGAAGCUGAGAUUUGGGUGCGUGCAAUGGAACGCAUUUUCAACUUUCUACGUUGUACUGAUGAGGAGCGCCUAUCUUGCGUCUCUUUCCAACUAACAGGAUCAGCUGACUUCUGGUGGGAAGCACGUCGAAAAAUUCUGACACCUGAACAAUGGGCAAGUUAUACUUGGGAAGAUUUUAAGACGGGAUUAUAUGAUAAAUAUAUUCCGAAAAGCUAUAGGAAGAAGAAAGAAGCUGAGUUCUACGAGUUGAAGCAAGGAAAUAAAUCUGUGGUUGAAUACGACAAGGAAUUCUGCAACCUGUCUAGGUUUGCUCCGCAACAAGUGGACACAGAUGAGAAGAUGGCAGAGAAAUUUUGUGCCGGUCUACGGUACGAAAUUAAGAUGGCUCUAGCAAGCCACGGAGGACUCUCAUACACGGAGUCUCUGAACAGGGCACUUGACGUUGAAGCUGCAAUGCCGUCGGACAAGUCAGCCCCAUUGUUGAUCUCAACGCCAAAUGAUCCACCAGUAGCCUCACAUACUCUCAAAGGGAAGCGCAAGUGGGACAACAACGAAGACAAUAUCAAUCUGACUAGUAAGAAAGUGUGGCAAGAAUAUGAACGGGCCGAACAGUUUAUUCAACCAAGGCACGAGGCACAGACUAACCUCGAGCGAACUGGGGGUAACCAAGGUCAGAAAGGAGUUUUACCUUGCCCAAAUUGUGGUAAGAUGCAUAGGGGUAUUUGUCGGGCUGGAACUAACGGUUGUUACAAUUGUGGCCAAAAAGGUCACUACUCCACGCAAUGCCCCAAUAGACAACGAGGUUCAACAGUUGGGAACACCCGCACCCCCUUGCCAGCAAUACGUGGACACUUGCGAAAUCAGCCUCAAUCACAUCAGUGAAAAUCUUAUGGAGACACCGCAGACAAGAAAAGCUACGUGGGAGCUUGAAAACAAGAUGAAGGAAAAAUACCCCGAAUUGUUUUAGCAGAGAUAUGCAAAUUUCGGGACGAAAUUUUUGUUAAGAGGGGUAGUAUGUAGUAGCCCGCUCUUUUAUUUAUGAUAAAAACUAGUAAAUGCAAUUUUUUAUAAAUGAAUCCAGUUUAUGGUUCUGAUUUUUUUUAUCA